AUGACACUCGUCGAUCUCUCCGUGGAGCCCAAGUCAAGCAACCCAGUCCAACCCGUGGACAUCCGCUUUGAGCAUCACCCUGAUGGCUUCGGCAUAGGAACCGACAAGCCACGCUUGUCAUGGCGGCUUUCUGCUAGUGCUGUGCCUCAAAAUUGGACACAGAAGAGUUAUCAGGUCCAGGUCAAGAGACAUACAGGGAAAACAUCUGACCAGAAGCCACACAUACAAAGCUGGCAUGUCCCUUCUGACAGCUCUAUCCUCAACAACUGGCCUGACAAACCUCUGCUAUCCCGAGAGACCGCAUCAGUGCGCAUCUUGGCCACUGGCCACUCGCAACCUUCUGACCCGGGCUCCAGUGCAAAUUCUGACCUGUCUGUAUGGAGUGAGUGGCAGGAUGUCGAAGCUGGGCUCCUGCAGAACUCGGACUGGACAGCCAAAUUCGUCACCUCUAGCGAGCCACCCCCAGAGGACGGCGUUCCUCAUCGCCCAACUCUGUACCGCAAAGAGUUCACUCUAGACUCCAAGGGCAAGCACACCCGUGCGAGGCUUUACAUCUCUGCUCUUGGACUGUACGCAGCAUCUAUCAACGGCCGCCGCGUCGGCGACCUGCACAUGGCCCCAGGGUGGACCAGCUACCACCAUCGGCUGCAGUACCAGAUCUUCGAUGUGACAGAACUUCUCAAGGACGGCAAGAAUGUGAUCGGCGUAGAAGUGGCGGAGGGGUGGUACGCUGGCCGGCUGAUUUGGAUCCCAGGCCUGCGGAACCUGUACGGGGACAAGCCGGGCUUCAUCGCGCAGCUCGAGACCCAGGACGAGAGCGGCACCUACGACUACUCGCCCCAGGUUGUGUCGGACGACUCGUGGGUCAGCCAUCCUUCGCCCCGGCAGAGCGCCUCCAUCUACGACGGAGAGGUCUACGACGCACGGGAGGAGCUCUCGGGCUGGGCCACCCCGGAGUUCAGCGCGGCUGAUUCCUGGGACAAGACUCGCAUUCUUGACGUUGACCUGGACAAGGUCAAGCUCUUAUCCCCUGACGUGCCUCCCGUCAGGGUCACGCAGACUGUGGCGGCGGUCAACAUCUUUACGAGCCCGAGCGGGAAGCUGCUAGUGGACUUCGGGCAAAACCUGGUAGGCAGGGUCAGGAUCCAAGGGCUCCAGAAACCAAAAGGGCAUGUUCUCCAGCUCAGGCACGCCGAGGUGCUCGAGAAUGGAGAACUAGGCACCAGGCCCCUCCGCGACGCCAAGGCGACUGACAAGUAUAUAUUCUCCGGCAACGAGAGGACAAAAGCGUCAUGGAGCCCUGAAUUCACCUUCCACGGCUUUCGCUACGCGGAGGUCACGGGUGUGUCGGCCGAGGAGCUGGCAAAAGAAAACCUGUCGGCGUUGGUGCUGCACUCGGACAUGCGGCGCACGGGGCACUUCAGCUGCUCGCACGAGCUCAUCACCAAGCUGCACGAGAACGUGGUCUGGGGCAUGCGCGGCAACUUCCUGUCGGUGCCGACCGACUGCCCGCAGCGCGACGAGCGGCUGGGCUGGACGGGCGACCUGCAGGUGUUCUCGCCGACGGCGUCCUUCAUCUACGACUGCGCGGGCCUGCUGGCCAACUGGCUGCGCGACCUGUCCGCCGACCAGGCGGACAACGGCGGCGUCGUCCCGUGCGUGAUCCCGGACGUGCUGCGCGGCUACUCGGCCCAGGACUCGAUGCCCGAGGCCGUCUGGGACGACGCCGCCGUGCUGGUCCCCUGGAACGUGUACAACUGGUCCGGCGACGCCGAGGUCCUGCGGCGGCAGUGGCCCAGCAUGCGCACGCACGUGGACAAGAGCAUAAACCGCGGCGCCGACGGCCUCUGGGACGAGAACAACUUCCAGUUCGGCGACUGGCUGGACCCGAACGCCCCCACGGAGCAGGCCGACUUCGCGCGCACCGACGGCACCAUGGUCGCGGACGCCUACCUGGUGCACAUCACCGACGUGAUGGCGCAGAUCGCCGUCGUGAUAGGCGACGCCGAGAGCGCGCGGCGGUACCAGGGCGAGUAUGAGGUUCUCAAGCGCAAAUUUCAGGAUAAGUACAUCGCCCCGGGCGGGCUGGUGGUGGGUGACGCGCAGACGGCGCUGGCGCUGGCGAUCCGGUUCGGGCUGCUGGAGGACAGCGCGGAGAAGAAGGCGGUGGCGGGGCGGCGGCUUGCACGGCUGGUGAACAAGGGUGGACAGCUGGUGUCGACGGGGUUCGCGGGCACGCCACUAAUCCUACAUGCGCUGGAGCAGAGCGGCAACCUCGACCUCGCGUACGGGAUGCUGCACCAGGAGGCGUGUCCGUCGUUCCUGUACCCCGUCACCAUGGGCGCGACAACCAUCUGGGAGCGCUGGGACAGCAUGCUGCCCGACGGCAGCAUCAACCCGGGGAGCAUGACCAGCUUCAAUCACUACGCCCUCGGCAGCGUCGCCAACUUCCUGCACAGCGUCGUCGCCGGCAUCAGCCCGCUCGAGCCCGGCUGGAAGACGUUCCAGGUGCGGCCCAGGCCCGGCGGGGAGCUUAGCUACGCCGAGAUCAAGUAUGACGGGCCGUAUGGGACGAUCGGCGUGCGGUGGGAGGUGGGCGAGUCUGAGGACGGGGCACAGGGCACGAAGGCGUUUCAGCUCAGGGUGGAGGUUCCGCCCAACUCGAGGGCGCUGCUGUUGUUGCCCGGGCAGACAGAGGACGACGGGGAGUGGGCCGGGAGUGGGAUCCACGAGCGGGCCGGCCUGAUCCAGGCGUAG